GUCACAGAUGGUUGCCGCACGCGCUGCACUGAGGCGCGCCACAGCCCCGCGCGCCGUCGCGGACGACUUGCUCAUCGCCGCCAUGUCGACUCCCGCCGCUGCUCCCGCCGCUGCCUCCGACCCCGCCAUACCCAAGAUCGAUGCGCCGAAGCCCGAGCGUCCCGCUGCAGGCGGGCGCAUGCCGUCGCUCAACCAGCUCGCCGCACGUAUCAACUUAAAUGCAGGCACCAACCCCGCUGCUGCGGCCUCCCGUCCUCGCCUCGCCGCCGCGCUCCUUCGCACUUCGUCUCAGACAUCAUUGUCUACCCAGGCGUCGACGACGGAUUCUGUAACCGUCAAUCCGCCUGGAUCUCGAUCCGUAUCACCCGCCACCCUCUCGACCUCUCCCCCGGGCAGCUCGUCUACGACACCAGCGCCCAGCGAUGUGGGCAGCGGUGAACAGCUUACGACCGAGACACUGGACAAGCUCAAUGAGGAAACGGAGGCGGUAGGGGCGAAGAAGCAGAAGAUGCCCGUCGGCUACAAGAACAUUCCAAGUCUCGACGCGAUCACUGCCCGCCUCGCAAAGGCGAGGACGCUCAGCGUCGACGGCAGUGCCAAGCCACCAGACGCAGACACAAUUGAGGAUCCCAAGACGCCUGGGCUGCGCAUCAAGGCGCCAGAGCAUCCGCUCGAGAACAAGUGGACACUAUUCCACGACACAAAGUCCAACGUUCCCUUCACACCCGCCUCCGCCCAUCCUGCGCGCUCGCUCAGCAGUGCGGGCGCGGACCCACCGCAGAGCGCGACCCAUUUCGUCGCGCCCGACACGGACGAAUACGAGGCCGGCCUGACGGUGAUAGGCGAGUUCGACACCGUCGAAACGUUCUGCCGCUACUUCAACUGGCUCAAGCCGCCCUCGCGCUUGGAGCGCAACUCCAACUACCACCUGUUCAAGUCAGGCAUCAAGCCAAUGUGGGAAGACCCCGCGAACGCGAACGGCGGCAAGUGGGUCCUCACCAUGAAGAACAACCCGCAGUUGCUCGACCGCUGCUGGAGCUGGCUCGCAAUGGCUCUCGUCGGCGAGGAUCUCGACGACGGCGAUGAAAUUAGCGGCGCGGUCGUUAGUCUACGCAGCAAGGUCGACCGCAUACAGCUCUGGACGCGCUCCAAGGAGGACGUCGAGAAGAUCAACGGCAUCGGCCGGAAGCUCGUGAAGCUCCUCGACGUCUCCGAGGCGGACGGCAUUGGGCUUGAGUUCCAGUACAACAACGACGAUCGCCCAACACCGAACAAAUUCCUCACCAUCCAGGCACUCCCGCAAACGUCCUUCCGCUCGUCGUUCCACAACAAGAACAGCCCGCUGAGCGGUCCGGGCGAGGGCCCGGCGCUUCCUGCUGCAGGUGCACCGGGGCCCGGUGGUGCAUUCGCGGGCUUUGGCAUUGGCGGGGCGGGUGCGCUGGGUGGCUCGGGCUGGAGGGCGAAGCGGUGAGGCGACAUGGUGCAUAUACGGAGGUCGUGGUGCAUAUACGGGGGCCGUAGCAACAGUAAGCAGAGAAGUUUCUUGACACGCAAUCGUGGUGUACGCUGUGCGCGAAUUAUAAUGCAUAGGCUCGGUUACGUUCUCACGUUGUCCCCU